AUGACUUCUCGUCCCAUCCGGAUCGCAGGUGCUUCAGGCUCCGCCUCAGACCGCCGCCAUGCCAUCGCCGAAUUCGCUCGAAAUCACCCCCAAGACCCGAUCGAUGUCAUCAUUGCCGACUUCAUGAGCGAAGCCAACAUGGUCACGGCAGCGGCUCGGCGGGUGGAUCAGGACCAGCAACAUACAAGCACAUCAAAUUCAGGGCAGCCUGGAUUGCCGGGAUACGAGUCUUCGUUUCUCUUGGCCUUACAGCUGGCUCUCGAGGAUCUGGCCAAGCAUGCUAUCAAAGUGGCGGUCAAUGCGGGAAAUACCGACACCGAGGGCCUUUACCGAGCGGUCACGCAGAUGGUGAAAGCUAAAGGUCUAAGUUUAAAGGUGGCUUGGGUAUCCGGUGAUGAAGUUCUUGCGACUGUGAAAUCCGCCUUGGCUUCUGGCAAAUCAACGUUCAAGAACGUAUAUACCGGAGAAACGCUUUCCGACUGGAACUUCGACCCCAUAUUUGCACAAUGCUAUCUGGGUGGCCUAGGGGUCGCCGCGGCGCUAGCUCAGGGCGCCGAUAUUGUUCUCUGUGGACGCGUGUCGGACGCAUCGCCCGUAAUUGGGGCUGCGGCGUGGUUCCAUGGCUGGCAACGCAGUGAUCUAGACCAACUAGCCAAUGCGUUUGUGGCGGGCCAUCUCAUCGAAUGUAGCAACUACGUCUGCGGAGGCAAUUUCACCGGCUUCAAACCCCUGGAGAAACUAGGCAAGGAUGGAUGGUCCAACAUUGGAUACCCGAUUGCUGAGAUCUCCUCGGACGGCAAAGUGGUGAUCACCAUGCAGUCCUACGCCACAGGAGGUGCCGUGACGGUCGAUACUUGUUCGUCCCAGCUGCUUUAUGAGAUCCAAGGUCCCUGGUACUACAACUCGGACGUCACAGCCAUUCUGACCGACCUGCAAUUCGAACAAAUAGGCACCAACCGCGUUGCUUUGCGCGGAGUUCGAUCUGCACCCCCUCCUCCUACCACCAAAGUCGGGAUCACCGCUCGUGGGGGAUUCCAGGCCGAGGUCUCAUGGUACCUGGUCGGGCUAGACAUCGACGAGAAGGCUCGUAUGCUGGAAGACCAAAUCCGCCGUCUUCUCGCUCCACAAUCGUCCAAGUUCACAGAGCUGAAAUUCUCCACACUCGGUUCGGUCCCAGACGACCCUGGAUCCCAAAACAGCGCCACGGUCACCUUCCGCGUUGUCGUGCAGGCCCGCGAUGCCGAGGACAUCGCUCCUCACAACUUCCUCCGACGCAUCACCGACAACAUCAUGCAGGGGUACCCGGGAGCUACAUUCCACCUUGACCUCCGCCAGGGCUUCCCAAAGCCCGUAUACGAAUACUACGUCAGCCUGCUCCCCCAGACCGACGUGAAGCACCGAGUCCAUCUCCCCUGGAGCAACCAAAUCCUCGACAUCCCUCCACCCCCAUUAACGAAAGAAUACCCACCUCGCCAACCCUCCCAGCCCAUAACCUCUCUCCCAGCCACCCGAUCGCUCGACUUCGGCCCUACUACGCGAAGACCAUUAGGAUGGAUCGUCCACGCGCGGUCAGGCGACAAGGGCCCCGACGCGAACUGCGGAUUCUGGGUCCGCCACAGCGACGAAUACCUCUGGCUACGGACAUUAUUGACAACGUCCAAGGUCCGAGAGCUUCUAGGGGAUGAAUAUAACGCGAAUCCGCAGCUAGAGAUAGACCGAUUCGAGCUGCCGAAUUUGCAAGCGGUGCAUUUCCUGUUCCGGAAUUUGCUGGAUCGAGGCGUCGGGAUCACCACGACGGUGGACUUUUUGGGGAAGAAUGUGGCGGAGUAUUUGAGGGCUAGGUGGGUGGAUUUGCCUGUGAGGUUUUUGAAUCGGGGGAAGUUGUAG